CCACCCAUGUGCCCCUCUCCUGUCUCCACCAGUUCCUGCUUCUCAAUCAUUUGACCCCUCCUCUCUCUCCCCAUAUUUUCCUCCAUUGUUGAACUCGAACUCUUAUCCACCACUCCCUUCAACUUAUUUCUCAAGUAAUCUUUUUCUACUCCUUUGUUGAGGUGCAAUUUUCGCUCUAUUUACCCUCUUAGGCACACAUUACUCAUAAUUUGGUUAUCAAGUAAUUUAUCAUAUUUGUUACUUCUUCAUUGUUGAUCCUGUAUUUUUACUUCUAUGUCGACGUCAGCAGAAGGAAACGGAGCUAUAAUUGAUCCUCAUCAAAGGCAGCAACAGCAAAAUCCUUCUGGGGGCGGAGGUACAAACGGCGCUUUAACAGUGAAAAAGCCGCCGGUAAAAGACCGUCAUAGCAAAGUUGACGGUAGAGGAAGGCGUAUAAGGAUGCCAAUUGUGUGUGCAGCUAGGGUUUUUCAGCUCACUCGUGAACUAGGUCACAAGUCCGAUGGUCAAACUAUUGAAUGGUUGCUUCGUCAAGCUGAGCCGUCAAUUAUAGCUGCAACUGGUACUGGUACAAUACCAGCUAGUUUCUCUACUGUAUCGGUUUCAGUUCGAAGCUCAUCGUCAUCGAUAUUAACUUCAUCCAUUUCGGCUCCGCUUGAUCAUAAGCAGCCGCCAUCAUCACAGCCGUUGAUUUCUCCUGCUCCGUUUAUACUUGGGAAACGCCUCCGGCCUGAUGAUGAGAGCAUUGAAAACGGGAAUAAGGACGAUGUGGGACCUGCAGCUACGGUUGUGGGUCCCACAUCCGGGUUCUGGGCUGUUCCAGCUCGGCCAGAUUUUGGCCAAGUUUGGAGCUUUGCUGCGGCGCCACCAGAAAUGAUGGCGCCAACAUCAGCAGCGUUAAGUUUGCAGAGUUCAAGAUUCUUUCAGCAGCAAAUGGGAGAGGCUUCAGCUGCUAGAGUGGGGAAUUAUUUACCCAUGACUCAAGGACACCUCAAUUUGCUAGCUUCUUUAUCAGGUCCGCCGCAGCCUUCUUCUGGUAGAAGAGACGACGACGGACGCUGAAGAUAUGGAUAUUAUUAUUAUUGUUGUUGUUAAUAUAUCGUAUAAAUAUGUGUUAAUGUUCUAGUUUGUUCAUGUUGUGUUAGAUGAGAAAUUGUUGUUGAAUUUUGGGGGUUAGGUUCUAGUGAGUGAUGAAUUAUUGCUAGGAUUAGGUUGUUUGCUUCGUCGAAUUUGUUAGCAUUUAAAUUCUCCAAAUUUUGGGUGUUGUUGUAGCUGUGGGAAGAUAACAAGGGACACAAGUAUUAGGGGAUUUGCUUGUGAUGAAGUUGGUGGGGAUUUCCACUUUUGUUGUUGCAGACCUCAUAAUAAGCUGCUUGAUCAAGUGGUUAGUAGAGAUAAUAGGGACAAGUGUGGACUAUGAAAACCUGUAGUUCCACAUGAAUGUUUUGUAAGGAAACCGUGGAGGUUUCUAUUUAAUUCAGUUCUGUAAUUUGUUGAAACUAUCAAUUGUGAGCUAAACUUUCCUACUCAAAAGAGUGCUAUGGACUUUCAUUACUGAA